AUGUCAGGUUCAGUCUACGAAUUCACCGUCAAAGACGCCGAAGGAAAGGAUGUCACUUUGGAGAAAUACAAGGGAAAGGUUCUUAUCAUCGUCAACGUUGCUUCAAAAUGUGGAUUAACAAAUUCGAACUACACACAAUUUAAGGAGCUUCUUGAUCAGUACAAGGACAGAGGACUUGAGAUUGCAGCGUUUCCGUGCAACCAAUUUGGCGGACAAGAGCCUUCCUGCGAAAUUGAUAUAAAAUCUUUUGUCGCUGACAAAUUCAAAUUUGAGCCCGACCUUUACCAGAAGAUCGAUGUGAACGGCGACAAUGCCAGUCCUCUGUUCAAAUUCUUGAAGAAGGAGCAGGGUGGCACGCUGAUUGACGCCAUCAAGUGGAAUUUUACAAAAUUCUUGGUGGAUCGCGACGGAAAUGUUAUUAAGCGAUUUGGACCAACAACCGAACCAAAAGAUAUGAAAAAGCAUAUAGAAGCGGCUUUGGAGAAGCCAGCCAAGUUGUAA